CGUAAGGGAAGUUGUUGUUUGCCAUAAUUUGCUCCUUAAAUUGUCCGGCGAAACCAGAAUAUCUGGUUCCGGACAAAGUAAUGGUAAUGACCGUCUCAGUGGAGCUAAAACUAUUCUUAUGUAGAUACAUAUUGUGAAGAUUAAGGAAUGGAGGUGGUGGAAAGUCCUCUUAACCUCGCGCAUCAACAAUGCAGAAAAGCAGAUCGCCUACUGGCAACUGGGAAAUAUGAAGAAGCCAUAGUGUGUCACAGGAAAGCUGCAGAUCUCCUGAAGGAUGCUAUGCAGCUCACAGACUGUGAACAGGCUCGCCUGUCUCUGGAGCUGCAGCGGGACAGUCACGUGAAGCAGCAGCGGCUCAUCGAGGAGAAGUGGAAGCGCUCGCGACGAGAGGCCAAGCCGCGCGUCCUCCAGCCCGCCGCGUCCAGCGACGGCCAGCGGCCGCAGGUGCCUCACCUGAGCGCCUCUCAGGCGGCGCUGCUGCCGCCGGCGCUCUCGGCCGCGCUGGACCCCGCGCAGGUGCCCGAGCGCGAGUACGACACCUGGCUGUACCUGCUGAAGCACAAGGGGGCGCCGCGGCCCGCGCCCGACACCUGCCCGGCCGCCGCCGGAGGCAGCAAGGCGCUGAAGGACGACAAGACGCGGCUGGAGGAGCAGGAGACCACCAUCGGGCAGCUGCGCGCGCUCGUGGACACGCUGCUGAGCGAGAGCGAGCGGCUGCGCGCCGACAACGCCGAGCUGCGCGGCGCCAACGAGCGGCUGAGGCGUCGAGAGCGCGAGCGCGAGCUGGAGCUGGAGCGCCGCGACAGCCAGGCGGAGGCCGACGCCGACUUCGUGGAGCGCUCGGAGCUGCUGUGGGUGCUGCCGCAGCGCCACGGCGUAGGAGGCUCGUCGUCGCUGUCGCCGGGCUCCAUGGCGAUGGCGGCGGCUGAGGAGCGCAAGGCCAAGGACAUCGACAUCCCGACGCUGCCGCCGCUGGAGAUGCCCACGCAGGAGAUCCCGCUGGACCAGCUGCCCGGCCUGGAGCUCUCCGACGACAUCCAGCACCAGCUGCAGGAGAUCCUGGACGGGGAGAAACUCUGA